UGGAGUAAUGGGGAAAGGAGGUGGAAGGCCAAAGGAAAUUGAAGUGUGGAAACACGUCACUGUAUUGGAAGGGAAGGAGAAGAAAGUAAAGUGCAAUCACUGUGGAUUUGUAUUUGCAGCAAGUAAUAAUCGAAUCAAAGCUCAUAUUAAUCAAAUUAAGUGCAAGGGUAUUCGACCGUGUACUCCUGUUUCCAAGAAAGGCACCAGCGAGAAACAAGAUCUCCUUGAUUCGCAAGGUUUACUAACAAUGGAUAAACCAAGAGUUUAUAACAGACUCAAUGAAAGAAUGCUUGAUUUAAAGCGGGAACGCAUUAAGUUUCCCCAACAAGAAAGCAUCGACAAAAAAGCUAUGCAUCAAGAGAGGAUUAAAGUCGGUCCUUUUUAUGUUUCCAAUAUUGUGAAUGAACCUGACUUACAGUUGAUACAAUAUGUGUUUGAGAAUUAUUCAAGUGAGAGGUGUACACCUUUUCGGUCAUCACAUUUACAUCUGCCUCAAUCUCAGUUGAUCACGCUUAGACCAGAAACUCAUUUGGAUUCGGGUAUAAUAGAUGUUUUUGCUGGUAUCUUGACCGAAUCUGAAAGAAGGAAGAGAAGUAAACCUGUCAAUUGGUAUCUUCCCGUGAUGUUUUCGAGUGCAGCACUCAGUGAUGAUGCAAGUUCCUUCCUUGACUUUGUUGAACGGCAAAAAUUGAAAGAGACGUACAUGUUUGACGACUUGAAAGAUUGUGAGAAGAUAUUUAUCCCUGUUCAUGUCGAAAAAGAUUCAUGUGGACAUUAUUAUUUAAACAUUAUUCAUAUGAAGAAUCAAGAAAUUGAAAUAUGGGAUUCUCUAUGUGAUCAAUUUAUAGAUAAAGCUAAACGUGACCAAACCACACAGAAAUUGUUGCUUGCCAUGGAAAGACUCUUCGGGGAUGGUACAUUCAAAGAAUUUUACUCGAGAAUAAUGAGAAAUAUUCCGUUACAGCCUAAUGGGCAUGAUUGUGGUAUAUUUGUUAUUAAUUAUAUGCAACAAUUGGAUAAUUAUGUGAGGGAAAAGCCUUUAUUUCAGUUUGACAGCACUGAAGAAAGAUUGAAUGUGGUAUUAAAGUUGCUUAAGAGUGACUUGAAUCGAGAAAAAGGAAAACUAUAUGCUGAACUAGGACGUUGGCAUUCUGCACAAGUAGAAAGUGAAAGCGAAAGUUCUUGUGGAAUUGAAAGAGAAGGGGUUGAUUCUGAUAAUAAAGUCAAGAGAAAUAAUGUUGGUUUCAAAACAGGUUCUGGUUGGUCGUCCCUAUCUCACAACUCUGAAUCAGAGGAGGAUUUGCAGGUUCUGGUGGAUCAGGGGAGGAGGAAGAGGAAGAGGAUGAUAUCGAAUCGCAAGGUAGCAAGGCGACGUCGGAUGAGAAUGAGAAUGCCAAAGCAUUUGGACGAUCUGGGGGCUCAAGUGGCUCAGCUCGAGAAAGAGCCUCGGCAAAUUCUCACAAGCGCCAAUCGCAGCCCAGAACAUUACUCCAGCGUUCACCAUGAAAUCUCUGCUCUUCGAGCUCAAGUCAGUGAUCUGUGCGCCAAGGUCGAAUCUCCGAAGGAAAGAAUCAGUCACUUGACUGCCACCAACAACGCAGCUUCUGCAAAGCCCUCCUAUGACCACUUUGACUUCAAUUCACUUCUUGCAAACUUGUUCCCAGAUGAUUCCACUCUAGAUCAACUUGUUCCAGAUGAUUCCGCUCUAGAUCAACUUUGGGAUGGAUUUGAUGGAGUUGGAAGUAGAACUGGGAGGGGGACUGCAAGUGGGAGUGGGAGUGAGAUUUAAAGUUGUUUGGUAUGCCAAUGGAAGUCUCAUGUUAUUUUACAUUUAUACAUGUAU